AUGAAUCGUGACAUCCUGAAGAUCGGAGGUGCUCCGAUCUUCGACGAUCGCAUCGUUAAAAUAGAGACUCACACUUAUAAUCCGUACGCUAACACUACAUUCGGAUACAGCGAUGAAAUACGAAUACCGAUUCAACACCAGGAUCUCUACACGUUACCGUGCGAAAGUUUGUUCUACAUCGAAGGAAAAUUCGACAUAAAAAAGAAGGAAGGAAGUACCAACCAACCACCGAAACUGACGAAUAACUGCGUUGUAUUCAUGUUCGACGAGAUUCGUUACGAAUUAGACGGAGUUAAAAUUGACAGAAACAGAAACGUCGGUAUUACAAGCACUAUUAAAAAUUACAUUUCGUUGACAGCUGAAAGAAAUAAAACGUUAGAGAAUGCAGAAUGGAAAAUUGCACUUUCUCUAAACUUAUUGCUCAAUCGAUCAAUAACAACAUCUGAAGAGUUUAACUUCUGUGUACCGCUCAACACACUUCUUGGAUUUUGUGAGGACUACAAACGUAUAGUGAUAAACGCCCGACAUGAACUCGUUCUGAUACGUGCGCGUAACGACAACAAUUGCGUUAUCGCUAGCGACACCGAGGAAUUUACACUCACAUUAUUUAUCAAAAGUGCAAUGGAAGAUGCCGCACGUGAUACUGAACGACGUAAACAAAUUAUCACUCUUGCGAACAGCACGACGAAGCAUUCGUGGGCUGUGAAGACAACGUCGCAUUUGGAAAAAUAA